AUGUCGGUGGCGUUCUCAUCCGUGCGCCCCAGGACCAAGGCCGAGGUGACGCCGCAGACGAUCCAGAAGAUGCUGGAUGAAAACCACCACCUCAUACAGUGCAUAAUGGACUACCAAAGCAAAGGCAAAACUGCUGAAUGCACACAAUAUCAGCAAAUCCUGCACAGAAACCUCGUGUACUUGGCCACGAUAGCGGAUUCUAAUCAGAACAUGCAGUCGCUCCUACCUGCUCCUCCCACUCAUAACAUGGGGAUGGGUCAGAGCGGUGCACAGACUUCAGGGAAUGACAACAUGGCAUCAGGGCUGACGGCUGCUUCCAUGAUCCAGGGUAAUGUGUCCAUGAUGCAGCAGCAGCAGCAGGGAGCUCCUCACUACUCCUCAGCCCAGGUGGGAGGGCCUCAUUAUCAGGGACAGCCCAUGGGGAUGAUGGCUCAGGGCAGUCAGGGCAACAACAUGCUGUCCCAGAGGCAGAUGGGAAACUACCGCACACCCCAGCCAGCAGGUCACGGGGAGUACUCGUACCAACAGCCAUCCUACGGAGAGCAGUACGACAGGUCUUUUGAUGACUCUUCGCCGCACUACUAUGAAGGUAACUCUCAGUACAAUCAGCAGCAGCAGCAGGGCCAGUAUCAGCAGGGGUCUGGUCAGCAGCCCUUUGGUCAGCAACAGCAGUACUCCUCCCAACCAGGCUAUGGCGCCCCACCUCAAGGAUACGGCCAGGGCAGUUCAUCGCAGUAUUCUCAGUAUCAGCAGGGUCAAGGUCAGCAGUAUGGUUCGUACCGCUCGUCCCAGGGAGGAGGGCAGCCAAGACCCUACUCCUAUGAACAGGGUCAAUACGGGAACUAUCAGCAAUAA